UAUAUACGUCACCAUUGUUUACAAGGGCGCCAUCUUGUCUUGUACAAAUUAAUGGUCAGCGGCGCGACGCUUGAUCUGGCGUUCAGCACUAAUUACAGCCACUGCGCGUCUCACGCUACCGCGAAUAUUUGUCGUUUUAUUUGGAUGACGAGAAGCGAGAGGAAUUGCUUGGGCGCGUUCAUUUAAAGCAGCAACUUUUGAGACGGACGCGAAAGGGGCCCGGCGACUCGUUUGAACGACAAUGUCGCGACUCAAGGAAAAAAGAGUUUCGGAGCUUGAGCAGGCGAGAUCGAAGCUUGAUGGCAUUCUACAAAGUCUCAUGGAAAAAACCGAAGAAAGUCAAAGUUCAUCGUCUCAGUCAGAAGACGAAUCAAAAGCACUGGAUUCUGCGACAAAGGAUGCAUCUCCCAAAAAGGUUCAGAAGACCCAGAGGAAACGCCGUAGAAAAGAUGACUCAGCUGUACAGAACUCAAACACAUACAUAACCAAGAUAUACGGCUGCAGCGUAGAUCUUGCACAGUUUGACGAGAAUUCUCCGUUGUAUUCGAUGUGUCGUAGCUGGAUACAAAAUAAGCCUCUGCAAAAUUUGGAGCGAAACCACAGUGGUGAAGACAUAGACAAGAAAAAGAGCACAAACGACAUUACAGAUGAGGAGGAUGUAAAAGGAAUUCUCUACCUGCCUGCACCUGUGCCACCUCCCAAAGACGAUGACGGCAACGUCAAAGACCUUCGAAUACCUUCACCUGUUCCACAGCCCAGUGAAAAGUUUUUUAUGGCAUCGGAUGACAAUGAGGUCGUACCUGUGAAUGUCUUACUGGCUGGCCAUCAAACACGUUGGAAGAAUGUGCGGCAAAAGUGGAAAGAGGCCGCUAUGGCCAAUGAAGAGCGCUAUAAGGAAAGUGCGGCAAUUCUCCACAAGGCAAUGAGCCAUGACCAAGAUGCACCAUCACAAUGGGAAAGUGCACCAGCUUAAGAAAGAGAAAAAAAAAUGUGGUUCUACUAGCAUCAGUCUGGUCAAUUACAAGACGUGUCUCAUCACAGACUUGAAUGCAUCAAAAUGUAUGGAUGGGCUUAACUGAAACAAAGGGUAGUGCAGUAAAUAGUAUGUGAACAGUACAGAGCAGUUGCAGUGCACUGACCUCAUAUCAGUCAGGGACUUAACUGAAGUCACUGAAAGUGCCACAUUUGCUUUUCCAUACACAUAUUACCCCUUUGCAGAAAACAAACUUACCAAAGACUUGGACAGUAGUAGCAACACUAGUAUACCAUGUUGUGGCUUAUGGUUUAAACAUAGAAGACGAAAGCUUAACCACUGUGGUAGCAUAGCAACUAAGGUCUACUGCUGCACUUGAAAAUGUGGGUUCGAUCCCCCACCACAGCAGCCACAUUUCAAUGGGGAUGAAAUGCGACACCUAUGUAAUUAGAUUUCAGUGCACAUUAAAGAACCACAGGCAUUCAAAAUGAAUUCAGUCUCUCCUACUACGGUGUCCCUCAUAAUCGUUAUAGUUAUGGCUCAUAAAACCCCACAAUUUAGCUUUGUGUUAGAAACAAUUCUUGAAAUGCAGUUUAAAGAUUCUCAACAAGAAUACCCAUGUAGCAAAGAUGUUUCUAAUAUAUGUGGUUGCACAAACUGCCACGAUGCAUCACUGUCGCCAUUGUUACCAACAACUAAGUCUCCAGCAUUCUGUAAAGGGUAACCUGGCUACAGAUAACCUAAAACUAAAUGCUUCUCUAAGAUUCCUGACAGGCUGCAUGAGAAAGUUAUCCAUCCUAGUGCCUUUGAGCUGAGACUGAGAAAGCCUUGUAACAAAACCUAUUAGGGGAAUCGCUGAAAAGCACAUCGAAAUACAAGAAGCACUUUAUUUGAAUGAGUGGUGUCCUCUACUUUAUGGAGAGUGGGAGAUUCAGCUGUAGUAUCAAGUUGAGAAAUGUUCAGAUUAUGGCAACAUGGGAGAGUCUUGCGUCAAUGAACCACACUGAUAGCUUAUACACACUGCACUGUCUCUGCUGGACAGCCACCAUGUUUUAUAAACUUAGUCAGCCCUGAAGACACUAUUUUAACGUAAAUAUAGGCUAACAUUUCCAGAAUCUGGCAGAAAAAUGGCAGUGUGCUUUGGUUGCAGCACCUUUCCAGGCACCCAAUAUGUUAGAAUUAAAGGGAUACUGACACCAUUUUUCGGAGGCGAGUUUACUCUGCCAUACAAAUCUCCUGUAUGUAGAGACGGCUCUGACCAAGUGUGAACUUCAGCAAACGCUGAUAAGGUAUUUUAUUUUGAUAUUAAAGUAAUUUCUAGCACGGCGCACCUACUGACAUCGGCACUAGCUUGACGUCAGGCUACAGUACUAAUUCUGGUGAUUUCACGCAGUCAUCUGGUUAGUUGCGAUGACGUCAGGUACCAAAACUUCCAAAAUGGCCGCUUCUCAGUCAUCAACGGAGCCACGGUGCGGAACUGCCGCGGAAACGUCACGCCACAUUGCACGAGCACGUGACGAGAAGCUCAUACCAUGUUGCGACAUCGAGGUACAGUAGGAACCGAAACUAGCUUUUAAAAAAACAUACUGUAAUUACGUUUUUAGGGUGCACUCAUGGUUAGCAGCACAUUUUCUAGGCUCUUGAAGGCUUGGCCCUUCAUUUGACGCAGAAAAACGACAACUAAAAACUUUCGUGUCAGUACCCCUUUAACUAUUCACAGCUCUCUACAGCUUAAACCUUUUGAUAUAUCACCCUGUCAGUUACAAUAUCCUCUCUUUCUUGUCUGGUCUUAAUAAUACUCUUGAGUGCCUGAACUUGUUACUGUUGCUUUGUGGGCAUUCUAAGUCAGAAAUGCUGAAUUAACAGGGAUGCCACGAUGAGAGCUCUGAGUUAACUUUCAUCACUAGUUCAUUGUGCACUCGGUACACGAGUGUUUUUGCAUUGCAUCUCCACCGGAAUGCAGCUGGCUUGAUCAGAAAUUUAAUACAGUGGUGCAACAGCCAAAAUAGGGUUUGGAGCAACUUUUGGAGCAGGAAAAUCUGAAUUUGCAGCAGGUUAUAGAAAAAAAAAGCAAUUUUUUAGCACCAAAUCCUAAAUUUUGAGAAGUAUAAGAAAGAAAGCUUACUUUUAGAACAGAAAACGAAUAGAUGUUCACUGUUCAGCAGCAGCUGACAUGUGCACAGUGCCUACAAGCUCUGCUACUUCAACAAAAGCAGUGUGUUGAACUACCUCACAGUGCGAACAAUGAGGAAGUACACAUUACCAUUUGCAGUGCCUGUCAAAACAUUUGACAGGCGCCACAAAUGCUAAUGUGGACCUGCCAAGCUGGCAACCUCGAAAUUCGGGAGAUUUGUAAAGCAGGGGCGAGCGUAGGUGGUGAAAAAAGGAAACUGGCAUACUUUUUUUAAUUUCUUGUUUCCCGAGGCUGUAGAAAGGUAAUUGGCAGCUCUGAAUGAGUGACUAAUUUUUUUUAGGUGUUGGCGAUCAUACUGGUACGCGUAAUUAUAUGGCUUGUGCAUGUGUAAUUACAGAACAAAAUGUGAUGUAUCCCGUGACAGCUUGUACUUGUAACCCCUUCCUAAUCUCGGCAUGCUUUUCCGCAAGACACCAGUGUACUGCGAGGAAAGUGGCUUAAAAAAACAAACAUGGUUGA